GGCUGGAGAGGAGCGCGAGGGUAACGGUCUGUGGAGCCGCGAGGAGACACCUGAACACAGAGCAACUACUGAGUUCAACUACUUCUGCUCGCUUUUUAUUUAUGUGUUCCCGCUCAGUUCCAAACAAACUUCUCGGACAUUUUUUUUAGAAACUAAUUAUUCGUUCCUUGUUAUCCGGACACUAUGGCCAGUUCAGGACUGCAGCUGCUCGGGUUCCUCCUCGCUCUGGUCGGUCUCGCUACCACCGUCGCGGCCACUUUGAUGGUUGAAUGGAAGAAACAGUACCAGGGCAAGACGCACCGCAUCUAUGAGGGUCUGUGGAUGAGCUGCAGUGGCAACGAGAGGACGACCUGUGAAUUUCACCAGUACCUCCUCAAGCUGCCAAGUGAGGUCCAGGUUACCAGGGCGGUGCUGCUUCUCAGCAUCAUCCUCUCCACUGUGGCACUGUUGGUCUCCACGGUGGGAAUGAAGUGCACCCGCUUCAUGGAUGGCAACCCUAAUAGCAAAUCCACAACAGCUAUGAUUGGAGGAAUCAUGUUCUUGAUUGCAGGUUUACUGACCAUCAUCAUAACCUCCUGGUACGUCAACAAAAUUGUUAAGAUCUUCAACGAAUCCCAUCGCCUGCACAGUUAUGAGUUUGGUAACGCCGUGUUUGUCAGCUGGGCUGGCGGCGUCCUCACCAUGGCUGGAGGGGCCUUCCUGACCUGUCGGCGAUGCUCGCGGUCCCAGGGCGGGUCCAUCAGCUCCAACCACCUCCUCCCCGCCAACACACACUCCAAGUCCAACUACGUCUAGUGGAGGAGAGCAGAGGAGAGGCCUUGAAUUUACAAGCUGGUGCGGUUUGUGUUUCUACAAUGAGGAAAAGUCUCACU